CGGGAACCCCGGUUAAUCGUAUCGCUACGGUUCUAUCCUCGCGAUCAUCGAAUUACCGUGAAAUAACCGUAAUAAAUGAAAACAAUAAAAACCCAAUAACAACCCUAACAACCAAAAAAAGGGAAACAUUCAAAAACUGAAAUAAAUAUCAAAGCUCCAAGAGUGAAUGUUGAAUGAAAAUUCGUGUGAUAUAUAGUAGGUGAAUAUCGGGUGAAAAAUUAGUUCGUCAAUCGGCGGGUCUUUGUUUACGCAUUUUGAUUUCGGGUAAAAUAGAAUAGGAUAUUGGGUGGGAGUGGGGAAAAUCCAAACGAAACAGACACUACUGUUGCGCGUGAUUUGGUUGAGUGAGAGAGCAGAAAAUACAAGAGCUGACGUUUUAUCGGCUGGUUGUGGCUGUUUGUUGUUGACGAGUCAGAGUUUGACCGGAGUUUAUACUCAGUUUGACGGACGCCAUCGUGCGAUAAAGACGGUGAUUCCCGUGACCGGGUGUUCAGUGAUUUUUUGAGGUGAACAUUAGAAAUUUUGUCAAACGAGUGAAAUUAAGACUUGAGGGAGUGUCAGUGAAAGAGUAGAAGCGAAAUUAACGUUGCGAGUGUUUUUUUUGAGGGGGCACUUGAGAGUGAAUACAGUGUAAUACGUGAGGGUGAUCGGCAAUUUAAUUGAUUAGACGUGUGAGAAUCGAGUUGAUCGGUGUCUCAUUUUUCCUGGGAAUUCAACACUUUGAACGUCCCAUUAUUUUCUCUGGUUUCCUCAACCCCGAGGGGUAAAACCCACCCCCUUCUUCCCAAUCGCCAUUCGCUCCAUUUCCCUCAGUCCCUGCGCACUCCCUCGUUGUCUAAUUGGGAACUAGUUUCUAAAAGUUUAUGGCAUCGGAGAAUUAGGAAAACAGAAUAGUGAGUGUCUGGGUUGUGACUCAUUGAUUGUGGUUCCUGGUGCUAAGGAUGAUCUGAGAGUAACGAGGACUUCUGGGGACUUCGGAUGGGGAGUUGCAUCAAAUAAUGAGUGUCUGUCUCGUUGAAAGUGAAAAAUAAAAAAGUGUGAGAUAAACGCCGACCUGAGACCAUCCCAACAUCAUCGUCAGCGUGCUCCAUAUCAAGAAUGGACUAUGCAGAUGUGAGGGAUCAGUGGUUGACAGAACCCUUAGGAUCGGGAUUAAAGAUCGCCCGUCCCUCCGUUAAAGAGACAAAAUCAAAGAGACAAGUGUGGAAGGGUAAAAAAUCACGAGCUGUUGAUAAUCUUGGUGGCCGGUGUGCCGCCAGUACGGCGAUGCGACGAUGAGCCCGGUGUCCAACAAGGGUCAGCUCCUGAAGCGCAUCACCCGACACCAGCGUCGUCGUGUUGCCGUUGUCAUUAGUCUUGACACUCUGUCACUCAUCAACCCGCCAUUAUUACUGUCACUGCUGACUGUAUUUGGUGAUAACGGGCCUGAUAACGGGCGUUUAUUGGUACGGCCAACAAACGGCUGGCCAUGGACCUCGAGGAGACGAGAAACGGCACCGGUGAUACCGAAGAGGAAUACAUCAAUAUCUACUUCAUGGUUGGCGAUCGCAAGGAAACGGCUAGCUUCCGACCUGAUCACGUCACCAAUAAGGAACUUAAGGAACUUUUUCGAAAUGCCGCAGAGGCAGGACCUCUGGACAUCGUGAAGCUCCGUAAAGACGAUAAACUGCUCAAUAUUUCGUCUCAUCUCCCACCGAAUACUCCAGACGACCCAUAUAUCCUGCAGAUCGUUGGAGCCCAUCCAGGAACAUCAGGGAUGAUUGACUCAGACCUAUUGCGAGAACUAGAAAGGCGUAUAUCAGCGAUGGAACGUGAACUCCGGGUGCACCAGUCGACUGUCCUAUCAGAGCCAUCAGUAGCAGCUCUCAGAGAGCUCAAGCAUCAAAUGGAUGCAUUUCGGACUAAACUUGAAACUACUGAACAUCUCAGUUGGCUCGGUUUUUACAAAAAACUACCUGGACCCGUCUCCUCAGAGGCGUGCAGGAGAUUGCAGUACCGACGGAAGAGUGACACCGUGAAACGUCAAGUGCGCGAUGAGUUUCACAAGAUCUGUGAUGUCUCCCUGUCACAAAGUGUGAGCCAGUGGCUGCGAUCCCCUGCCUUCGACGCUGGCCAGUGGAAGGACGAGGAGUUGCUCCUAAUGCUUCAGACAAUGUUCGUUGAACUUGAAUUACUCGAGAAGUUCGACAUUCCACUGUCAACACUCCGCAACUUUCUGUACGAGGUCUAUAAUAAUUACAAUGCAGUGCCCUUUCACAACUUCCGACACUGCUUCUGCGUCGCUCAAAUGAUGUACGCCAUAAUCUGGGCUGUGGAUCUACCCUCGAAGAUCGGACACCUCGAGGUUCUAGUGCUAAUUAUAUCCUGUAUAUGUCAUGAUCUCGAUCAUCCGGGCUACAACAAUAUUUAUCAGAUAAAUGCACGUACCGAGCUUGCACUGAGGUACAACGACAUCUCACCCCUGGAGAAUCAUCACUGUUCAGUGACGUUCAGGGUAUUAGAGUAUCCUGAAUGCAAUAUACUAGCUGCUCUCGAUGCCGCAACAUUUCGAACUGUGAGAGAGGGAAUUAUCAGGUGUAUCCUUGCCACUGAUAUGGCAAGGCACAACGAGAUACUGGGACAAUUCACUGAGACCAUUUCGGAAUUUGAUUACACGAAUAAAUCUCACAUUAAUCUGCUGUCAAUGGUGUUGAUAAAAGUCGCAGACAUAAGUAACGAGGCACGUCCAAUGGAGGUAGCGGAGCCCUGGCUGGACCAGCUCCUGCAGGAGUUCUUCAAACAAAGCGACGCAGAGAAGCUCGAGGGAUUACCAGUGACGCCUUUUAUGGACCGUGAUAAAGUUACGAAGCCCUCGUCACAGUGCAGCUUCAUUGGCCUCGUACUUUUACCCCUCUUCGAAGCACUCGGUGAACUAUUGACCGAGCUGGAGGACAUGAUAGUCCAACCAGCGCGUGAAGCCCUGGAGUACUACCGACGUCUGAACGAAGCAGCAAAAGACGAGCGUCACCACAGGAAGAGUGUGAUCGACCUGGGGGAGUCAACCCCGUCAUCCGCCCCCUCGAGCACUGGAGCAGCAUCAGUACAGAAGUCAACGUCGUCCCACAGCAUGCGUUCUAAACGUUCAGCAAGUACCAUCCGCUCGCGUUCACGCUCCAUCGAGGACGAGGCAGAGAACAAUCUCCUGGAGGAGGACGCAGAGAACCCAGAGAGCUCGGACCCAGAGACAGCGACGGAAGUAGAGGUCAGCGAAAAAACCCUCAAGUUCAAGAUCUCAACGGAGGGUAACGUCCCACCGCAAUCAGGUCGCAAGAGCUACCCGGGGAGUAGAAAAGGGAGUCGUGAGAAGUCAUCCUUUGACUACCACCACAACGACCUGGCGAAGGCAGUGAGAGACCACGAGAGAGAGCGAAAGAAGAGUCGAGGUGAGAAUUUCUCCAGUGACAUGUCAUCCCCAGUGAGCGCCAGAUCUGGUGAGGAGACGAGGAUCUUGGAGGAAUUCGAGAGGGACGAGAUGAUGUACAUCGACGCGAGAAUCGAGGAGGAGAGGACCGAGGGCAAUGGCACGAUAAUCGAGGACAUCCCCGAGAGAAUGAACUCGAAGAAACGCCAGAGUUGCGACGAGAGGGAGCGCAAGGACGUCGUUGUCAUGACUGAAGGGGGUCUCCGCUGCUGCUGCGACGACAAAACAACAUCCAACAAUCACAAGUCCCUUCUGUCAAGACUUCGAAACUUCACCGAUCGCCUCAGCAUAAGUUUUGAUUCGAAAGAGCCACCUGUUCAGAAAACCAAACACGUGUCGAAACCCUUCUUGAAGAGUAAUUCAGUUGUGUCGGGUUCAACAUCCAGACAGGCGCCCGUCAUGCUGUGUAAACGUUGCAAUCUAAUGAAGACAGUGAAAGACAGUAAGGAUCCGAAUCAAACUGUUGUCGAACUCCUGGAGAAGCGAGCAAUGACUUUGCCAAAGGUACGUAAACACGACGGCAAGAACAAGAGUUGGAGAAUGGUCUUUGCCAAGGAGAAACGACCGUCAGCUUCCCUGGAAAUACUGCCAGCCCAUGACAAUGAAACAUCCGCUGUCAAGCACAAACGCAAUCUCUCGAAUCCAGAGAGCAAACUCUCAGUGACGAAGACCCAGAGUAUGAAGGAAGUCAAGGAGCAGAAGAGGAUGAAUUUCCGGGAGAUCGAGGUGAGGAGUAAGUCUAGGCCGGAGAUUGUCGUUCAUCCGGGUAGUUCGAGUGUCGUUGACGAGGGGAUUGACAAGGUAGAGAUCAGGAGGAGUUCUGCCAGCAUGGAGGACAUCUCCAAGAUAACGAAGCAGAAUGAGGGAAUUCUUCUGGGAACCCUCGAGGACAAAAAGUGCGAGGAGAUGCACACGGGGAGUCUCGACUCGAUGCUUUAUAAAGAGUCUGUCAAGGAUGUGAAGAAGACUUUUGCUUUUGCCAGCCCCUGUCCCACGAAGAAGGCGUCUCCUGGUCUAUUCUCGAGGUUCAGAUCUGGAAUGAGCAUUGAUGGGACACGAUCAACGAGCAACAGUGGAUCUCUUCAUGAUCAACCCACUCAGAGUGGAUGGAUAUCAUCUUUGACUGCUAGCUUUAGACCUAAGAGGCAAGUUGGGGAGAUGCCGGCUUCACCUGGACACGAGGAGGUCAAGUGAUACGUCAUGAUUGUUAAUAGCAAGGAGACGAGGAGUGACUGGAGCGAGUGGUGGGCACAACGGUUACCCUGUUGCAGUGGGUGAAUAAACUUUUGUUUUUUUAAUUUAUUGUUCUGAGGAUGGGGGCGAGUUGAGCUUCCAAUUUUUCAUUGAUUGGCUGAUUCAUUGAUGAUGAGUCAUAUCGAGGUAAUAAUUUCGUCGAGAAGAGUUGAAGGUUCGAGCCAAGGGCUGAUUUAUCAAACACAUGACAGAUUUUGGUUGGGAAUCUUCUUGAGACACUUGUUGAUUGAGUACAUCAGCAAGAAAGUGGUAAAGUGUGAUAAGUCGAAUUUAAACUUCGUUAUCGAUUUACCUCGAUAAUUAUUAAUUAAUUUAUUAAUUAUUAAUUAACAUGAACUUUUCACUUUUAUCUCUGCAAUCGAUAGAUUUUGAGAUUAAUUGAUAUUUAAAAGUGUGAAUUUGAAUAAUUUAUUUACUACUUUGUUACUGAAUUGGAAUAUUGAGGAGAGAAUUUUUCCAUUAACAAGAGCUAUUGAAUUCUCGAUUGGUAUCGAUCGAUAUUGAUUAGUAUCGGUAAAUCUCGAAGCCGCGUCUGGCAUACGGUUGACUACGUUUAUUGAUUUAUUUAUUGUCCAUCUUAUGAAUAACGUAAUGAGUAAUUAUUAAUGUUGUUCGUUAUGCAUCAUUGAAAGAAUAUAUAUAAAUAUAUAUGAAUAUAGAUAUUAAAGAUUUAGUAUAUAUUUAUAUAUAUGUGAAUUGAAUGAAAAAUCGCCGUUGAAAAAAAAUCGUAUAAACAUGCAUACACGUAUACAUCUAUAUCUACGUAACGACCGAUAAGUAUAGUGAUAGGUCAUUGAAGGAUUUAAUAGAUAUGUUAAUUAUAAUUACAGCUGUGACAAAAAAAAAUCAAAAAAUGUGCUUCUUUGGAUCACAGUAUUGUUAUCAUACUCUCCAUUCUGAUAAAUUACAUGUCCUGGGAGAAAUAUAUAGAAAAUGUUCAAUGGAAUUUUUCAUUUCGUCAACUAGAAAUAACGCGACAUUUUAAAAUCUCAUUUUUUUCAUUUUCAAGACGAUUCUAUCAUUUUUUUCACUUACACCAGAACAAAGUCAAUUGCCAUUGUCGACAAGAAUUAAUAAAAUAUUUCUUAAGAAAAUAUUCUGAAUUGGUUAAAUGGGAGGAUUUAAUUCUAGAAAUUGACGAUUUAAUUUUCAAGUGUUGACAAGUGAAGAAUUUUUCUGAAUAAGUCGUGAAAAUACAAAUCAACCUCAUUGUAUGAUUAAAAUCGCAGAAUAUUCUAUUAUUGGAUAAUAAUUGUGUACUUCAUCAAUGAUGAAAUCAAAUAAAAUGAGUCUGUCUCGUGCGCAAAUAACGAUCCACUCAUCAUUUCUGGAUAAUUGCUGUUAAAGAGUCAAAUCACGAGUGUAAUUGUUUUGAAUGUUACGGUAAAAUGAAAAAAUGAGGGAUAAAAUCAUGUAGUUUAUCUAUAAUGUCUAAUACUGUCUGUUUCGAUGAAUUCGUGUAGAGAUAUCGCUAUUUAAUUGAUUAGGAGGAACGAGGGAACCAUUAGGAACUAUUUUCGUUGAUGGAGGGAUUUUUUUUUUGAGUUUAGGAAACACAUCGGUGAAAUUUCAAAGUCUUCACUAGAGCUCGAGAUUUAUUGCGCGAAUUCUGGCGCCUGAUGAGACAUUUUUGAUCGAUAACAAAAAAACAAAAAGGGACGUGGGUUUGAAAAAAAAUCGUUUAGUCCCUCAAUUUUCAUGCCAUUGACAUUUUUAUUUUUUCAAAGUGCUCUAUAAAAUUCAAGGAACAAAGGCAUCCGUUUUACGAUCCAUCAAACGGAUCAUGAAAAGAUUUUUAGAGAUGAAAAAUUGAUGAGUCAAUGUGAAAGCAAUGAAACGACAGAAAAUCACCAUUUUUGCAUCAUUCGGUCGGUGGAUCGUGAAUAGAUGGAUUCCUUUGUUCCCGGAAAUUCGACGGAUAUUUUGAUAAAAUAGAACGGCGAUCGAACAGAAAAUGAGGGAUUUACACGAUUUUGAAAGUAAAGUAAAAGUAAUUGUUCAUUUGUCACGAGUUGCUCAAUAAUUUUCCAACAAUUGUAAUGACUUUUAAGUUUCACUAGAGUUUCGUUUCAAUCACUUCAACGAUCCAUAAGAACAAACUGUCACUGAUUUACAUUCUCAAACGAUUAUCACGCCUAUGAUUUUUACAUGUUUAUAUUUUUAUACUUCAUCACUGUUUUCUAUACGGCGAUUAAACCGCAUGUAUUGUUGAA